AUGAGUGCUGCGCCGCUGCGCCGCCGCAAUCGCCCGUCUGCAGCAGCCAAGCCACCUUUGACCCCACCGCCGUCGCCGCUGCUGCCUCACGAUCUUCUGCCGUACUCACCGGACUCGGCCAAAACGCUGCCACUCCCGCCUCAGACCGCACCGCUAGUUCGCAAAGUUGCGUCGGUGCUUGGCUCGGCCCGUGCUGGCUCGCGGCCCAGCUCGGCUGUCGCACGCCGGCGACCUGCCACCGCGCUUGGCCUCAGGGCUGGCCGCGAUGCGCGGCUGCAGCUCGCGGCUGGCUCGCGGAGCGGACCGCCGGUCGACGUCGACAUCGAUGCAUUCCUCGACCUUCAUCGCCGAACUGCCAAGUCAUCGCGGGCGGCGCGGCGGAUCCAGCAGUGGUGGCGGGCCACUGUUCGCCGUCUCCAACUGGUAACCGCCAUCAACGAUCGCGUCGCCGCAACUGCAGCCUUCCUCCGCCCGGUCUUCUCGGCCUGGGUCCAGGCUGUUGUCUCGGAGCGGGCAAACCGGUUGCGGCUGAUGUCCAAAGCCUUUCGCGCCCUCGAGUUUCAAGUCGUCUACAACCGGCAGCGGUACAAGUGCACCGAGGUCUUUCUCGCCAUGCAGGCCUCGAAUCCGGUGUUCAAGCUUGCUGGCGUCUCCAUCGACUCGGGCUCGCGGGUCCACAGGGUCAUUGUCGCCUUUCGCGCCAUGAUCCAGCUCCGGACCACUCGCAACGUCAUCCAGCACUGGUACCAAUGGGUCCAGAUGCGUAAGCGCCGGGCUGCCGCCAUCCAGCACGCCAUGGUCCUCCUCCGCGACGCAUACUCGGUCAACUUUGCUGGCCUUACCUUUGUCAUGUGGUACCGCUACGCCCACAUGCGCGCCGCCGAGCGCGCUGGCGCUCCGCACCCCACCUUUGCCGAGCCUAUCCCCGAGUGGGACGCCUUUCUCGACCGCUACCACAAGCAGUCGGCUGCAGUCAUGCACGCCCUCACUGCCGCGUCCUCACUCCAUCUCCGCAGGGUCUUUACCGCUUGGCACAGGCACACGGCCGCGGCCUCGGAGGCGCGCACCCGCCACGCCACAGCCGUCGCCUUCAACUCGCGCAAUCUGUGGUCCGCCGUCUGGCCGUAUUGGCGGGCCCACACCCUCGACUCGCGCGCGCGCCGCUGGAAACUCGGCCGCUGGGUUCCACAAGCUCAAGGUCGAGAUGCGCCGCCGCACCGCCCGGAGACGCCCUUUACCCAUCCAACCUCGCGCGACGCCGUUGUCACCAUCUAUACCCGCCUCCUCGCCGGCGAGCCGCCCGAGCCUCCGGCGCUCGCCGCCCGUAUCGCCGCCGCUCCGCUGGCGGCCACAACGCCCGGCGCCGCCCCAGCAAACGUCAUCAAGAUCCUCCGCUGGCGCCGCGAGGUCAUCGCUGACGCCGCGCUUGGCUCGGAUCCCAUUCUGCUGCGCAAAGCUCGCCCGUCCUUUGCCGUCGCCGCGAACAGCCCGUCGGGACCGUCGCUAGCCGGCGGAGCGAGUGCCGCCCCGCGACCACUGGGAGACCUACGCUUGGGCCGCGGACGUGGCAGGCAUCGACAGGCCUCGCUGCCCCUCGAAGACGUCUGGGCAAAUGCCGUUGCCUCCGACAACUUGUCCAUCUCGCGUCCAUGA